GAUUGUGUCGUGCAGAACCCGGAAGUGGCGGAGCUCGUUUGUUUUUCUGCGCUUCAACUCACUCCAAACAGCUGCGAAAAAGAGCGAAAAAAGCGCAGACAUGAGCAGCGACAAAUACCCGCGCUGCUCCAUUGAAGAUGACUUUAACUACGGCACAAACGUGGCCACGGCCUCGGUGCAGAUCCGGAUGGACUUCCUGCGUAAAGUCUACAGUCUCCUGAGUCUGCAGCUCAUCCUGACCACAGCCACCUCGGCCCUGUUCAUGUUCUGCCAACCGGUCAAGGAGUUUGUGCACAGCAGCCCCGCCCUGGUCUUGGCCUCCGCUCUCGGGUCGCUGGUUCUACUCCUGGCUCUGUUCGUCUACAGACACCAGCAUCCGGUCAACCUGUACCUGCUGCUCACGUUUACGUUGUUAGAAGCCGUCUCCGUGGCUACGACUGUGACCUUCUACGAUUACUGGACCGUCCUCCAGGCGCUGCUCCUGACCUGUGCCGUGUUCGCCGGACUCACCGCCUUCACCUUCCAGUCCAAGAGAGACUUCAGCAAACUGGGAGCGAGCCUGUUCUCCGGCCUCCUCAUCCUCCUCGUCGCCAGCUGCUUCGGGUUGUUCUUUCAGUCUGACAUCACAGAGCUCUUGUUCUCGAGUUUUGGAGCGUUCUUGUUCUGCGGUUUCAUCGUUUACGACACGUUUCUUCUGAUGAAGCAGCUGUCGCCCGAGGAGCACGUCCUGGCCUCCAUCAACCUGUACCUGGACAUCAUCAACCUGUUCCUCCACGUGCUGCGGAUCCUCGACUCCCUGAAGAAGCACUGAGCGCCUGCAGGGGGCGCUGUGAGCUGCCUGUAAUUAAAGAGGGAGGGUUCUGAUAAAUAGACUUUUUUUUUUUUUAUCCCAUGUUCUAACGCUGUUCCGUCAUCAGAAACAUGCCUGAAGACCCACACAUGUUUGAGUAAUCUAGUGAUCUGUCCCAGGCCCUAUUCAAACCCUCUUUAGUUGGUACGAGGCUCCGCCCACAGGCCUACAUCAUCCAAGCUCCACACAAUUUUCCAUAAGUAUUUGUGUUGUGAUCGUGCUCUGAAGGGGGGGUGACUUAGCGCAGAGAGCAAAGGGAGGGGAGACUCGGAGCAUAAAGUGUCAUAUGUCUGAAUGUUUCGUGAAUGAAAGUGUAAAAUGAGUAAAUAUUGUGAUGUAAAUAUUUUUGGAUUAAUAAUUAUCUGUAGUUAAUUAAAAAACUUCUGACCCUUU